AUGGUUUCCCAUCCCUUAACUCAAUGUAAGUUAAUUUCAAAACAAUGGAAUUCUACCAUUUCACAUCCUAAUUUCAUCCUUCAUCAUUUCAAUAAUAUUAUAUGUAGUCACCCUUUUACCCCUCUUGAAUCUCUCUUCAUUCAAUCUGGUAAUUCUUUUUACCUUUACUCUUGUGCUAAUCAAGAUUAUGAUGAUGUUGAUUAUGUUGCCGAAAACAAUUUGAUUAGAUUGGUUGGAUGUUCAAAUGGGUUAGUUUGUUUUGGUGGAAGAAAUGGAAAAUACUUCUAUUUAUAUAACCCUAAAACUAACCAAUCCCACAAAUACUACCCUGGUGACUCUGAUUUUUGGAAAUCUAAUUGGUCAAAACCCAUAACUUGUUGGGGUUUUGGGUAUGUAUCAUCUAUUGAUGACUAUAAAGUGGUUAGUAUAAUUCCAUAUUGGAAUGGAAAAGUUGCUAUGGUUCAUGUAUUUUCACUAAGGUCCAAUAUUUGGUUGAAACUCGAAAUUGAUUUAGAGGAAGGUGAUUUUAUUAUCAGUCAAGCAAGGUUAGUUAAUGAGACUUUGUAUUGGAGAAUAUGUGGUGGUCGAAUCGUUGCCUUCGAUUUGGCCCGGGAGAUAUUUGAGUUCUUCCCUCAUUUGGGAAUCAGUCGUGGAGUUAAGAAUGAGUUAUGUGUGAUGGGAGGGUGCUUGUCCAAAGUUCAAAUCCUCAAAAAGAUAAGUUUUGAGCCUCUAACUAUACCAUUCUUCUGCCAUAUACAUAUAGUAUCAACCGUGCACAAAAAAAAAAAAAAAAAAAAAAAUCAUGCAUCCCUAGUACAAUAUACAUAAGAGGGCUACAAAUUAAAAAAUUUCAAGUUAUUAAAAUUACAUUAUACACCAAAUUGAAGAAAAGGCUCACCUAAACAUAAUUUGCAACUUGCUUCUUCACUUUCACUGUUGAUCCACAAUCACCUUUAUGCAAAUUAAAAAUAACAAUUUUGUCAAAUUUGAAAAACAAAUUGAUCAUGCAUAAUAACAUAAAUGAAACUUAAAUAUGAAUACAUAUAUAGUGGAAUGAAAAAUAGAAAGGAACUUAGUAAUUCAAUAGUGUGGGUAUAUGAACAAUUAACUUCCCUUUAUAAAAAAACACUAAUCUUUCAUAAAAAAAAAUAAUAAAAUAAAAUAAAAAACCACUAAUUUUGGGUUUAGCAUCCUUGUAUUUACAUUAUUAAAACGAACUGAAGUGACACCGUUGUAAGUUAGAGAACACUUUUUUCACACAAUUUUUUUUAAAUAACGAUUAAACUUAAAUCUACAGUUAGUUUGAAAAAAGUUACUCCCUCCGUGUUUUAAUAAGUGUUACACUUACCAAAUCUGGUCGUAUUUUAAUAAGUAUUACACUUUCUUUUUUGGCAAAAAACUACCUUUAAAUAUUAUAUCUCUCUCCUCUCAUAGUCUCCACCC